AUGGGGUUAGAGGUGUUUGAGAUCGAUUCCACAACACCCCACCACGGCGUCUACGUCGAUCGCUUUUCUGUCCAGCGAGAGACAAACGGGGGGUGGGUCACGCUACGCGCCCGCACUCCCCUCAGCGCGGAGAAUCACCAGUGGGCCGUCUGCGUGCUCGACCAGGGGGAGGCUAGCGACGGCUCCGGGCUCAUGCUCGGCCUGCUCCCGCAGCUCACCCCUCAGCUCACGGCCUCGAUGGAGAACAAAUACAUCUCAGAACUAGGCGGGUGGUGCCUCUCCCGCGCGGGGGACUCGUACGGCGCGUGGAAGUGCGAAAAAUUACCGUUCUUUUCCGGAUGCGUCGUGGAGUUUGAUUGGGAUGCCACAACAGGAUCGCUGUACAUCGUGUGCGGCAAACGACGCGCGACGGGGAUUAUUUCGUCGGCAACUGACUCCCAUGCCCUCUAUCCGGCCAUAUCUAUGUACUAUUUGAAUCAAAAGGUUGCGUUCGUUUAG